AUGAUAAAAAUGAUAAUAUUUUUGCAGAGUGGAUACAGCUUUCAUAUCGUUGAUCCAUAUACAUUUUGUCGUGAUGUUUUACCGAGUUAUUUUAAGCAUUCCAAUUUGAGUAGUUUUAUUCGCCAGUUAAAUAUGUAUGGCUUUAAAAAAAUUACUCCAAUUGAUAAGACGGGUUUGUUUAAUACCGAAAGUGACCGAGACCACAUCGAAUUCUCACACCCUUUUUUUAUGAAAGGUCAUCCAGAAUUUUUACAAAACAUAAAAAGAAAAGUUUCUCGUGUCACUGAAUCAACGCCGAAUACAGUGACCAUCCAGGCAACUGAUCUUUCCGUUCUUCUUAAUGAAAUCCGACAACUUCGAGAAAAAGAAAAAGCAGUUGACGCGAAACUCUCAAAUUUGAUUAAGCAAAAUGAAACAGCUUGGGAGCAGCUCGCACAUAUGAGAAACAUGCAUAUGAAACAACAGCAUGUGGUGAAUAAAAUUGUCCAAUUCCUCGUUGUAUUGGUUCGUUCUUCACAAACGCGCUUGGGGAAGAGGAAUUUGCUUGCAAUCGAUGAGGUGGGAGGAAAACGCGCUCGGACGUCAACUCCUGUAUCACUUGGUCGUCAAGAUAAUAAUCUAACGGAAGUACUUGAUCGGUUACAAAAAGUAGUUGCUGGAGAAAGUGAAUUGACAUUUUUUAAUCAGAAUAUCAAUACGAUUCAUAAUCAGGGGCCCAUUAUUGCCGAUGUCACUGAUGAACCAGAUACAUCAUCGAAUUCCACGCCAUCGAGUGCAUACAGGAAGGAUUCAGCAGCAAAGAAAAUCAUAGAUAAUAAACGAGCCACCGCUUCAUCUAAAGAAACUGAUCCUACUUUAGCCCAAGAAAUUUUUCUUACACCAGUGAUCGAUCGCCAGUUAUCUGAUGAUUUGGCUGAAUUUUUUACAGAUCAGACGCAUUGCAUAGAUAAUUGCCGUGAAUUUUUGGCAAAUAACUGGGAUGUUUUCAACAAUUUUAUGGACGAAAAAGAUCAUCGACAAAACCAGGAAGAACAAGAAAAAGAAACACGACCGCAAGUGCAGCAGCAACAACUUAUGCUUACAGGUGCCGACCCGCCUUUGGCAUUAAAUAAUAUUCCAAAUGAAUAUAAUGAUAACCUGCUUAAUUUUGAUCCUGAUUUAUUUCUCGAUGUACCUAUCUCUUCUCCUUGUUCUAAUCUUGUAACACCUUCUGCUACACCAAAAUCAGUAAAUAAAUAA